AUAAGUAAGUAAAUGUUUGCCUCUCAGUAUGUUUUAGAAUGUACUGUGUUAAGGUCCAGAGUUUUAUCUGUGUAAUUCUGUCUACUGUACCUUUUCCAACACUGUCACAAAUACAGAUCGAGUGCUGAUAAAGCUUUUGGAUAUUGAAAAGACAUGGGGAGCAUUUGGAAGGAGUUCCACAAAUGUUUGAAGGCUUUGUAUUGUAGUCUGGGAAAGAGCUGAGGUAGGGAUUCCAUGAAUGUGUUAGAGCUUUGUUAUGGACUUCUGCACAGGAUCUGCUGCACCAUAUGGAUCAGAAAGGAAAUGGCUGAGGUUUCAGUGAUCCACCAUUAUCACUAUAUUCCUGAAAAAAGGAUCAAGUCCUCCAUACCAGGGACUAGGCCAAAACCAGACUGCCAUUGCCCCCACUUGGGCCCUACUAUUCUCAGAAAGCAGCUGCUGUGAUCAUGGGUAAUAUCUUUGGAAACCUUCUCAAGAGCCUGAUUGGGAAGAAGGAGAUGCGCAUCCUGAUGGUGGGCCUGGAUGCCGCAGGAAAGACCACUAUCCUGUAUAAGCUGAAACUGGGAGAGAUCGUCACCACCAUCCCCACCAUUGGGUUCAACGUGGAGACAGUGGAGUACAAGAACAUCAGCUUCACAGUUUGGGAUGUGGGUGGCCAAGACAAGAUUCGGCCUCUCUGGAGACACUACUUCCAGAACACCCAAGGGUUGAUAUUUGUGGUCGACAGCAAUGAUCGGGAGCGAGUAAAUGAGGCCCGGGAGGAGCUGAUGAGGAUGCUGGCAGAGGAUGAGCUUCGGGAUGCUGUGCUCCUUGUCUUUGCAAACAAGCAGGAUUUGCCUAAUGCUAUGAAUGCUGCUGAGAUCACAGACAAGUUGGGCCUGCAUUCCCUGCGUCAUCGCAACUGGUACAUUCAGGCCACCUGUGCCACCAGCGGGGACGGGCUGUACGAAGGCCUGGACUGGCUGGCCAAUCAGCUCAAAAACAAGAAGUGAGAGCCAGGCAGCCUAUCCAACCACCCCCAGCACCUCUAACUUACCUACUGUCUCCCUGCCCAGCCCUCCCCCUUCCUGCUGCCAGUGUGGCCAGGGCCCUGGGUAUCAUGUCCGCAUGCCCAAUAAGAGCCUUGUCUCUCCUGCCUCCCCUCCUUUCCCCUGUCUAUGACCAGUCCCCAAUUGCUGUCCUAAUGAUGAAUCAUUCCAAUUUACCAGAUUUAAAACAAAAAUAAGGUUGUUACGGUUUCAUGGGGUACCUCCCCCAUCCUCUGAGGUUCGGGAAGUGGGGUGGGGUAGUCUCUCUGUUUGCUUCGUUUGGCUCUGGUUGCUGUGCUCUUGGCAUCUGAGUCCCUUCCCUCUCCCUACAGGCCCCUCUCCUACUAUUUUUUUCCUUCACCACCCUCUUCCUGUUUUAUGUGGAAAUUGCACGGGCCUCUCUUUGUGUGCGUGCAUGUGUGCGCGUGUAUAUACAUGUAUAGAGAGAUAUAUAUGUAGGGGCCAGGGAGAAGGGUGGAGGGGGUGGAGUGCAGCUCAGGGCUUGGAGCCAGGACAUUGCCCACUCUAGCCUAUAUCACCUGCCCCUCCCAUGUUGGUGAGAUAAAGGGAAUAAGGUGGAGGGAAGGCUGCCCUAGUCUUACACUGGUUCCUCUCUUCUCUGCAGGGUAGGUUUUCUGGAUGAUAGGACAAAUAAUGGAUUUUCCACCACCAUCUUCCUUGUUACCCCUCUCUUCACCCUGCUUAGGGCAAAGGGUGGCAUUUAUCUCUAGAUGACUGUUCCCAAGGAGAUGCCAUUCUGCCCUGCCUUGUUGGUGGGAAGGAGAGAGGAACCCACUCAUUUUUAUCAACUUAGAGUGUUCAACUGAUCCUCCCCCUCAUCCUUAGAUCUGUUCCUCAGGAGCUUGAAGGGGAGGUGGAGAUACAAGACCGUGUUGUGUUUUGGGGACCCAGGGUACCGGGGGAGGGUCUCAGGUUUUCCAUCUUUAUCCUGUUGUUCUUAUGAGAUGGUGAUGCAUGGAUUGGUCCUAUCCCUGCCUUCUCCUCCUCCUCGCCCCCACCCCCAAUUUUCUGAAUUUGGAGACUGGGUGGUUCAUCUGUCCUUUGUCAGAAGUUUCCUAGUUUCCUCAUGCAGGCUGGCUGCGUGGCUGAUUGGGGAGUGGGGGUGGCAUAGUAGACCUCAAUAUCAAUCCCCCUAUUCUCCAGUUCCUUUUUCUAGCCCAGGAUGUGCUGAAGGAUGGAAAUUUUCUGUUUCCAGACCCUCAGACCAUCCUGCUCUCCCUCCAACCUCCAUCCCAACAGCUUUCCCCUGCCCUCAUCACCCACUCGCAUAAAUGGAUCUGUGGGUUUGAGAGGA